GAAUCUUAAAGUCAAACUUACACUGACCAGAGCGGGGAAAGCCAUAAAAAUGAGCAGGCGGAAUUGUUGGAUUUGUAAGAUGUGCAGAGAUGACUCUAAGAGGCCCCCUUCUAACCUCACUCUGGAGGAAGCAUUACAGUGGGCCCAGUCUUUUGAAACGUUGAUGGCUACGAAAUAUGGUCCAGUAGUCUAUGCAGCAUACUUAAAAACGGAGCACAGUGAUGAGAAUAUUAAAUUCUGGAUGGCGUGUGAAACCUAUAAGAAAAUUGCCUCACAGAGGAGCAGAACUUCAAGGGCAAAGAAGCUUUAUAGGAUUUACAUCCAGCCACAGUCCCCUAGAGAGAUUAACAUUGACAGUUCGACAAGAGAAACUAUCAUCAAAAAUAUUCAAGAACCCACUCAAACGUGUUUUGAAGAAGCUCAAAAAAUAGUGUAUAUGCACAUGGAAAGGGAUUCCUAUCCCAGGUUUCUAAAGUCAGAAAUGUACCAGAAACUUCUGAAGACUAUUCAACCCAACAAUUCUUGACUGACACUCAAAAGUUUAAAUUGAAGAUGGUAUACUGAAAGUACUGGCUUUGUUCUUUUAAUAUAUAUUUAAAAAAAUCAGAAAUAGAGUAGGA